UGUCAGAUUUAGUGUUCUGUGCUGCAGUGACAAUUUCAAAAAUGGUGUGGAGUUGCCGGCAACCGUGUUGAAUAGUUGAUUAUAUCGAAACGUUUAAUUUGUUGGAAAUAAGAGCUCACUGUCGAAGUUGAAUAAGCAGAUGCCAUGAAAUAAUAGUAACGUUAUGUAGACAUUGUCAAAUGAGUUUGGGUUAAGUCUUAUUUAGUAAUUGUAUACCAAAUUACUCUUAAGAAUUGCAAAUAUUGUGCUGUCAUGGAAAAUAAGGAAAGUGAGAUUGUGUUGCUUAUUUUACUUGGUUUGCCAGCUAGUGGCAAAACAACGUUCUCAAAAGUGUUGAUGAAGUUGAGUGGCGACGUUAAUGUUUCUGGAUCCGUGGGUGAAAAAAAUCACAGUAUAAUUCAUAUUUGUUAUGAUGCAUUAGUGCCACUACUUUCGCUUGAACAAACUAAGUGGAGUGAAACUCGUAAGAAGGUUGUUGUCGUAGUUGAAAAUAUUAUUUGCCUCCUGAAAACACAGAACUAUUUAGAACUAGACGACUACUUGCAGUGUAUGCAAAUAGAGAAGACCAAAAGGCACAUUUCACAAGCUACAGACGAAACUACAAUGGUCCUCAUAGAUGACAAUAUGUAUUACAGUAGUAUGCGGUAUGAAUAUUUUAAAAUGGCAAGAAGAUAUACAAUAAGUUUUGCAGAAAUCUGUUUACACUGUUCAGCAGAGGUGGCUUGUAGUCGCAACUCUCAGAGAUCAGAUGAUCGUGUGGCACAAGAUACUAUUAUUAGAAUGGCAGGAAAACUGUGCUGCCCCAGUAAGAAAAAUUCGUGGGAGAAAUGGUUCUGUUGUCUCUCAUCAGAAUCGCCAUUUGAUAAGAGAGAUGCACAAACUGUAUUCCGGGUUAUAGAGGAUAGCCUAAAGGAACCAGUUUUACCUGUGAAUAAUGAAGAUGAUGAGAAUGCACAUAAAAAAUGUGCUCCUAAUCUCAUUCAUGAAGCUGAUAUUGCUCUGCGGAAAGUUAUAGGUAGUAAAAUAAAGCAACUAUCUGCAAGCACCGCUGCUGGUAAAAAUAAGCAAUCCUUAAUUUUAAAGAAACAGUUACUCCUACAAGAAUUGAAAAGUGGUGUUCUGGAGGUGCCAGAAGCCAUAUAUAAAAUGUUUGAGACCAGAAGUGAUGAACUGCAGGAAGAAUUACAACAGUGGUGGCUAACUUUUUUAUGAGGAAUGUUUAGGUCCAGUACAGUAAAUGCAACUGUGAGAACUGGCAGAAAGCACUGGAAACACAGGUUCAUCACUUCAAGAAGCAGUUAUUGGGGUAGUGAUACAUAUAUCCCAAGCACUACCGCAUCAAGCAUGUCUGUCUGCUCCUAAAAGCAAUUUCUUUUAUUGCAGAGAAUAUCUCUAGAGGAAAAAGCGUUGGUCGUACUGAACAGAAAUGCAGUCAGUGAAUCUAGAAGGAUGCAGCAUUUCAGUGGAUGCAGAAAUGCUCGCGCAUGAGCAAAAAUAGCAUCACUAACUUGGAAAAUCAUUUAAUAUCAUUCCAAGAUGCAUGAACAAUAUUUCGAAGAAGUAAAAAGUAAGAGUGAAGGUGAAGCUAUCCACUGUUAUGAAGAAGAAUGUCGACUUAAGUGCCAGCAUUGGAACUGGAAUUGUAAAAUGGUGGAAAUGUUAGAGGAGAAAUGCUUUUGGAUUAUACGGGGAUAUCUAAAUCAUUGGAAGUGUUGGACAGAUGCAUACACAAACACAGAUGUAACAAAUGACAAAAAUUCCAUCUAAGUAUCGAAGAAUGGGUAGGAAUUGCUGGUUCUGCUGUGACUAGCCAACAAGCUGGGCUUUGAUCAGGGGCGAAAACUUGUGUAUAUUGUAAUGACUUUUUUAUAGACAAACUAGACUGUGACAAUGGAACAUUACAUUAAAAAACAAAUGACCAUUGAAGAAAUUCCUGAACUUCUUGAUUUUGUAAACAAUGGAAACAUGUCAGAAAUUAAUGAUACAUCUGACAA